AUGGGUUCGUGUGUUUCAAGAAACGAAAAGAGAAGCAGACUAGACCCUUGUAUUCCAUCAAAGGAUAUCCAACUAGACUCUAGUAUCUCAUCGAAGUCAAUUCAACUAGACUCUAGUAUUCAACCAGAGAUUACUGGAACUGGAUGGUUUGACAUACCAUUUGAUAUGCGACGUGUUAUAAUGGAUUUGAUGGAUUUUGAAGGAAAAGCAAUUCUUGCACAAUGUUCCAUUGAUUGUUUUGAAGAAAUACUUCAAACUCGAAAUUAUAUCAGAAAAAUCCAUGUAUCUGGAAGGGGAAAAAAGAAGGAUGAAAUUAUUGCAAUUUAUAUUUCUGCGAAAAAAGAAAAAUGGAGUCUCAUGUUACACAAAGAAAGAUCUGGAAAUUAUAAACUCCAUUGGUGCAUGAAAAAUGAAAUCAUUUCAAAAAUCAUUUUCAGAAAUCGAGAUGUAGUUGAUAUAACUUUAAAGUUAUUCAAUAAUAUUGUGAAGAGAAAUACAAAAAGUUUGAGAAUUGUUGAAAUUGACAUGGUAAGUUCGAAUGAAAUUUGAUUCAAAUAUUCAAAUUUUAAUUUUAGGACGAUUUUCCAUUUCAUCGAACAAAUAUCAAUAAUUUGAAAAAUCAACAAUUGCGAGAUUUGGACAUUUCAGAAAUUGAGAAUGGAAUUGAUCCAAUUUCUUGUGGAUUUAUUAAUAUUGAUACAAUUUCUCGAUUUCAACACGAAGUCAAUAUUCCCAAUUGUCAACUUGAUGUUUUAUUCAAAAUACAAGCAAAAUCUUGUGAAUUAUACAAUCCGAUGUUUUCAUUGGAUGAAUUCGACAAGUUUUUGAGACGUCUUCUAAUUCAAGAACAAAUCAAUGAUCAUCUCGAAGAUAUAACAUUGGAUUUAAAGGGAAUUCAGAUGAAUUGGACUGAUUUGAUUCGAUUUAUUGAGAAAUAUACUGGACCUGGUGAAGAAUAUGUUGAUUAUAAUAGUGAUAGUGAGGAUAGUGAUGAAGAAGAGGAAGAAGAAGAAGAUAGGAAAUGUGUGAGAUUUGUUUGUAGAUCAAGAAAGUGGGAAAAUCUGGAGCAUCGUUUUGUUCUAACAAAAAACUGUUUGAAUUAUUAUAUUGAUUACGAAUGA